AUAAAAUAAAUACUAAUUAUUAAAUAAAAAUAAUUUAAUUUAAUUUCUGUGCUUCAAAAAGUUAAAUAAAUAGGUAUAUUGAUUUUGACAUAAUUUAUUAAUAAAUUAAAAAUUGUUUUGUAAAUAAAAACCAAAAACUGAAAAAAUAAAUGAUAAAAUAACACUCUUGCUUGUUUAGAAAUAUUGAUGAGAUUAUGAAUUCCUCCUUUUCUAAAUAUAUCCAUCUAAAUUUAGAUGCUAGUUCCUAUAGUGAACAAGAUAUGACUUUAUUAUUAUCUGAGUUAUCGAAAAGUUAAAAACUCUAAACAUUAAUUCUAAAUUUAUCAUACAAUAGGAUAGAUAGCCAAAAGGUUUCAAAUUUAUUAUCUGCGCUGUCAAAAUGUUCGAAUCUCUCAUACUUAGAACUAAAUUUAUAAAAAAAUUUGAUUGGUGAAAAAGCUUUUAAAUGUGUAGAAAUUGGCCCUGAAUUAGCAGAAUGCAAAAAUAUUUAAACUCUAAAGCUCAACCUUAAUAAUAAUUUAAUUGAUUUGUCAUUUACAAAGGAUUUAUGCUCAGGAUUUACAUAAUUGCCUAAUCUUUAAACUUUAGAUCUUGAUUUAUCUUUAAGUAAAAUCGAUAGCCGGAGUAUAUCUUAUUUAGGCUCUUCACUUCAAAAUUGUUCUAAACUUACCAAUUUAACAUUAAAUUUAAUCAUAAGCAAAAUUAAUCAUUUAUCUGCUUCAGACUUAAGUUCUAAAUUAUCUAAACUAAUUAAUUUGACUUCUUUGGAACUUCAUCUUGAUAAUAAUUAAAUUGGGGAUAUAGGAGUUUCUGAAUUAGGUUCUUAUAUAUCAGAGUUAACAAAUCUUAAAAAUCUGAUGCUUUCAUUAAACUAAAAUAAAAUAACUAAUAAAGGAGCCAUAAAUCUACUUUCAAGCUUAACAAAAUGUACUUAGAUCUCAUCUCUUAAUCUUGGAUUGAAUUUAAAUAUAAUUAAUGAUCAUGGAGCAUCAAAAAUUGGUCUUUAGUUAUAAAAAUUUCCAAACCUUAAAGAUUUAACUCUCUAUUUAACAAAUAAUAAAAUCGGUGAUCAGGGUAUAAUAAAUUUAGGUUGCUCGUUAGCUAAAUGUAGCUAAUUGGUUAAAUUACUACUUGGUUUGAAAUCUUAUACAAUUACUGAUAAAGGUGCCUCAUCUUUAGGAAAUGAAUUAGGCAAAUGCAGGAAUCUCUCUGGUUUAUAACUUUAUUUUGGAUGGCAAAAACUAAGCAGUGAUAGUGCUUAGAAUCUUUGCUCUGGAUUAUCAAAAUGUGCUAAUCUUAAAACUUUUUAGUUAAUAACUAACUUCUUCGACAAUAAAGACUCCUCAGACCUAAGUCUUGGAUUAGUUAAAUUAACUAAUCUGUAAAAUUUAUAGCUAUACAUGUGGUCUAAUAAAUAAGUAAAUCCUGGUGCAUCAGACAUAUUCUUUUGUUUGUCUUAGUUAGUUAACCUUUAAACCUUUGAACUUGAUUUUAGCGAUAGUAAGAUGAAUGAUUAGACUGCACUAGAUUUAGGAUCAGGAUUAGCAAAAUGCUAAAAUCUGUAAAAUUUAACUCUUUCCUUAUCAUGCAAUAAAAUUGGUGAUAAGGGAGUAUCAGGUCUAGGCUAAGGAUUAGCUUAGUGCAAUAAGAUUUUGAAUCUUUAAAUUGACUUAUUUGGGAAUAGAAUUGGUGAAAAGGGUGCAUAAAAUUUAAUUUCAGGAAUAUCAUAAAUGGUCAAACUCAGAGUAUUGAAUCUUCAAAUACAAUUUUAUAGGAAAUACGAUUUGGAAGAAACUUAUAUAGAAAAGCUAUAGUAUCAAGUAUAUAAAAUACAAAGAUUAGUAAGUAGAAAUUUUUGUGUUUUUUAUGAUAAUUGUGAAUAUGAACAUGAACCUACUGAUGAAGAAGAAGAAUAUGAAUAAAUGGAGUAAGAGCGUUAAGAAGAAAUAGAAAGAUAUAAAUAAGAAUAUAGUGAGUAGGAAAAUAACCAGUCUGAAACAGAAUUAGAUAACGAAGGACAUUUUUCAACAGAUGAGCAAACAAAUUCUAUUAGAGUAGAUACCAGCCAAUCUCAUAAUAGCUUAAUCUGAACAAAUAUGAAUGAAAUUAAGCUUAAAGCCUGGAAUCUAAUUAUAUAGCUAAAUAUUAUAUUAUAAUAUGGUUGUUUACGAGUAAUUUUAUACAAAAUAAAUAUGUAUUGUAUUAAUUAAAAUAAAUUAAAAACAAUUAA